GCUUUCGACGAGAGCGGACGGACGAUGAUUCGCUCCGAUAACGGCGCGUUAUCGGCCCACGCGGGCCGAGGAAGCAUCGACGCUGCAGCCAGCAGUAGCGAUGAGUAUCGUGUGGUGUUGCCCCGUUUCCCAGAUGGAAAAAUGUGUCUGAAUUCCGUGUUUUUGCACGCGGACCUGAUGGGAAGACCGUACCGUGCUGUGGAUUUUCGAGACGGACUGAAGGACAUCGUGGACAUGACGGACGUGGUUUCAAUUGGACAGUUCCAAAUGAGCCACAUAUGGAUGAUCACUCUCGCAAGCAUGGCUGCCACAGAAAAGAUGAAAAGGAUUGGACAACUCACGGUCAAGGGGCGGAAGUGUCUGGUGCUGGACCCCAACGCAAAGGACAUUAGGGUAAGGCUACUUUGGCUCCCAACGUAUCUGGAAGACAGACGUGUGGUGGAAGCUCUCGAGCCUUACGGUAAAGUUCGUAACAUCGUUAGGGAGAAAUGGCGAGUCCCGGGAAUGGAACACUUGGAAACCAUGAACAGAGAAGUCAGCAUGACGCUGCAUGACGCCGUCAGCUCUUCCGACCUGCCCCAUAUGAUCAAGGUAUAUGGGGUGCAAUCCCUUGUCAUUGUGCCUGGAAGACCACCGCUUUGCCUACGAUGCAAAAAAGUAGGCCAUAUCCGGAAACAGUGCCGUGCACCAAAAUGUACCAAGUGCAACAAAUUUGGUCACGAAGACAACGAGUGCUACGCGACCUACGCCACGGUGCUGAGGCGCGGGGACGAGGAUGCCGAAUCGAAUCUCGACCAGUUCAUGGACGUGUCCGAAGUAGUGGGAGCCAACGGCGAAGUGGGGGCGUCCACGGGCGGCCCUGCAAACAGUCUUCCCUCCGUACCAGGCGAGACCGGCGCCAUCAACGACCACCAGCCACAAGACCCAGGAGUCAUACCUGUGUCCUCGCAGACUGGGGAUGAUUCUUCCAUGGAGCAAGGCAGUAACUGCGGCAGUGCUGCUACACCUUCGGAGCUGGACGACCGAGACCAAGGUGAAACCAAGCAAGCAGGUCCCUUUACCGAGGGUCAAGGGAACGGAGUGGACACAAACUCUGCUCUGGGAACUGGUGUCAGUGACGUCAAGCGAAAGAAAUUGGAACCGGGGGCCACAUACGCAAGUAAGCGCAUAAACGUGUCGAAGCCGCUUGCGCGGCAAGCCCAGGAAAAGCCACCCCCUUAAGCAGCGAUGGGCGGUUUCCGCUUCGCCAGCUUAAAUGUACGCGGUUUUCAUUCGAGGAAAAAGCAGAAUCAGCUACACCGUCUACUCGAAGAAAAGGAGAUUGACUUUUUAGCAGUACAAGAGACAAAGCUAGAGAAUGAGGAAGAGGUUGACCGCGCUUUACCACUUUUUUUUAGAAAAUACGAGGUAUGUGUCAGCCAUGCUGCCGGUCUUUCGGGAGGGUGUUUCUUGUUUAUAAAAAAGUCAGUUCAGUUAAGCGAACUAGCUCUGACGGUUGACUUGCAGGGCCGCUUUGUUAUGUGUGAUUUCCGGGUGCAGGAAUGCAAGUGGCGGGUGAUUUGUGUGUAUGCACCAAACGAUGUGAAUUCUCGAGUUCAGUUUUUCAAUCACUUGCGCUCAUACUUGGUGUGUGAUAGACUAGUUGUACUCCUUGGAGACUUCAAUUGUGUUUGCGACUUAAAUGACCGAACGCCGACCAGGCCCCAUCUUGAUAGAAGUGAACAACUAUUGCUCGAAGUAGUCGAAGAGGGAGGCUUGUUAGACGUAGCCAACUUUCAAACAGGAACCAAACUCAUACAGUUCACGCACUUUCAACGGGCGUCGCAUGCCCGACUAGACAGGUUGUAUUGUUCUAUUGAACUAAUACAACUUUUAAAUGCUUAUACUGUGGAACCUGUGUUAUUCACAGAUCACUGCAUGGUUGCGAUAACGAUUGGACAAAAACGGAGGAAGCAUAAGCGCAUCAAUUGGAAACUUUGGAAGCUAAAUUCUCAGCUACUUAAAGAUGAGUUUUUCGUGUCCGAAACGCGAAAAUUACUUAGACAAGCAGGUCAAAACGGGGAAAACAUUUUUGCGAGGUGGGAAACCUUUAAGCAAGACGCAAAACAAUUGGCAAUCGAAAGAGCAAGCACG